AUGACAGCAGAAGUUCUUACACCAGUGACCAACAGCGAUGACAGAGUCCUACCUCCAGAAUAUGAGUUGAACGAACCUGAACCCGAACAUUGUCCAGGUCCAGAAUCGGAGAUGGCUGGUAAAGCUGAUGCAUGUGAUGGUUGUGCUAAUAAGGAAAUUUGUGAGAGUUUACCAAAGGGACCAGAUCAGGAUAUUCCAUUAAUUACCGAAAAUUUGGCUGGCAUCAAACAUAAAAUCUUGGUUUUAUCUGGUAAAGGUGGUGUCGGUAAGUCUACUUUCUCUACUAUGUUGAGCUGGGCUUUAUCCGCUGAUGAAGAUCUUCAAGUGGGUGCGAUGGAUCUUGAUAUAUGUGGUCCAUCCCUUCCAAGAAUGUUGGGAUGUUCAGACGAACUGGUUCAUGAAUCUAAUUCCGGUUGGACACCAGUUUAUGUUGCUGAUAAUUUGGCUGCUAUGUCAAUCCAGUUUAUGUUACCUGAGGAUGACUCAGCAGUUAUAUGGAGAGGCUCUAAAAAGAACCAGCUAAUUAAGAAAUUUUUAAAGGAUGUUGACUGGGAUGAACUUGACUAUUUAAUUGUGGAUACACCUCCCGGAACUUCAGAUGAGCAUAUUUCUAUCAAUAAGUUUAUGGGAGAGUCUGGUAUCGAUGGUGCUCUAAUUGUUACUACUCCACAAGAAGUUGCAUUAUUGGAUGUUAGAAAGGAAAUUGAUUUCUGUAAGAAGGCCGGAAUUAAUAUCCUUGGCCUUGUUGAAAAUAUGAGCGGAUUUGUUUGUCCAGGUUGUAAAGGUGAAUCACAAAUUUUUAAAGCUACAACAGGUGGUGGUAAAGCCUUAUGUGAAGAGCUAGGCAUUAGAUUCCUUGGUUCAGUACCAUUAGAUCCAAGAAUAGGUAAAUGUUCUGACCAGGGAGAAAGUUUUCUAGAUGCAUACCCGGAUUCACCUGCUUCUACGGCUGUUCUGAAUGUUGUAGAGAGUCUUAGAGAUGCAGUUGGAGAUAUCUAA